AUGGACGAUCUUGAACACCUGACAACCCUCGCUGCCGUUGCUGCUCAUCCCACCGUCCUUUCAGCUGAGAGCGCACCUAAACUGGUACUCCGGGGAGCUUCUGGAGCAGCGAUGAUGGUAUAUACUCUUGAGGAGGAUGGCGAGAUCACGGUAUCGGGCGUUCAGCAGAUUGAGAUCGGUGUAUGAGAGCAGGCGUGGGGUGUCUCACCUUGCAACCGCAGUGACAGAAGCAGCGUUAGCUUCGAUCGUUACCGUAUAUUGACAUUCAAGGAGGUGGUGUCGUCACGGAAGGUAUUCCGCACGGCGGUCUUCUUUGCUGCUGCUGUUGCUGCUGCUGCUGCUGCUGCUGCUGCUGCUGGUUCAAGGGCUUGGCUGUGAAUGGCUCUACCCUGGUAGAGUGUCCGGUCGGCUCAUCGUGUUUCGAUGGGAUGUGAAAACAAAUGGAAUUGAUGUGAAGACUCAGUCAGCUGGCCGGGCUACAAUCGUUUGAGGGAAGGUUCGGCGUGUUAUUCCCACCGAGGCACACAGCCUCGCCCCACUCCUCUGAAUUGAUUCAGUGUGGUCCGUUUCGUACGGUGAGAACGGGCAGCGGCAGACUACGACCAUGGAAAUGGCUGGCUGGUAUGCCUGCUUCGCUCCUGGCUUUGAACAGUACAAGACGCAGCCUACCUGCGCGUAAUUUACCGUUGCCCCAGUUAAGCUGUGCGAGAGCUCUG